UUGCUGGCAGCCAUGAGGAUCCUACCAAUUGUGAUUCUGACCUUGAUGGCGGUCCAUUCCGGCUGCGGAAAGAAGCAGAGCAAGAAGGAAAAGGACAAGGGGCCCUGUGGCAAGCCGUAUCUCAAGGAGCUGAACGGAAAGUGCUUCUAUGUGGGCAUCAAAAAGAUCAACUGGUUCGGGGCCCAGAACAACUGCCUGCGCAAGGGCCUCAACCUAGCCGACGUGUCCACGGUGGAGGACUUCAAGGCGGUGGUCCACUACGUGACGUCACAGGUGGGCUUCGAUGACUUCUGGUUCGGCGGCAACGAUCUGCAGUCGGAGGGGCGCUUCAAGUACAUCAGCAGCGGGAAACUGGUGCGCUACUUGGGCGACUCCAAUAUAGUGGAGCCGACUCAACGCUCCAACCUGGACGACUGCCUGGAGAUCAGGAUCAGGCCCAAUGUCACCGUCGUCCUGGACGUGAACUGCCAGGAGAAGAAGUACUUCAUCUGCGAGCAGAACCAAGUAAAGUGCGCCGUUCCCGCGGAGGACAGUGGGGAUGGCCAGAAACACAGCCACGAGCACUUGCAUCACUUCCACCACGACGCGGGCCAGAAGGAUAAGCAAGAGACGGGGAUCAAAGAGCAAAGUGUGGAGAGCGAUUCACGGCCAGCUGACAAUUCGAAUUCAACGGAAAUCGGGGACUCGAAGGAGAAGGAAGCGGAGGGCGCGUCGACUCCAGGUGAUGGUGGUGGCACCACGGAGCCCGUGUUCGAGAACGGCAUGGAAAACGCCGGGGAAGCCAUUGCCGAGCAGGACCAAACGGUGCCGCCAGGCGGCACGGGUCCACCACCGGCGGCAGACGCCACUGGAGCAGCCACGCCCGCACCGGAUGCCGCGGCUGCGGAAGGAGCCACUCCGGCGGCAGCUGCUCCACCAGCGGAAGGAGCUCCAGCCGCAGAGGCCGCCACUCCUGCAUCGGCAGCUCCCGAGGGCGAAGCAACACCAGCUCCGGCGGCCUGAACGAACGGACCUACCACCAACCGGGCGGACCAAUAGACAUGUAGGGAAUCGAGGAAUGUUUGAGCUUUCACCAAAUAAAUUUGAGUUUUAACAACAUGAA